ACAUAGUACCACGUGUCUCCAGCUGUAUUUCCCGCCUGUAUUCAUUGUGAAUUAUUUAGUACACGGAAAUUGCAGCAGAGUGACAGCUCUUUCCUCUAAUAUUUACAGUUCUACCUACAUGCGGAUUAAGUGUCUGUAUUUCAGAAGAAAGAGGCACCUUUAUUGCAAAAGCAGCACAUGUUGGCCUGACUGCAGCUGCUGGGGGAUUACAAAUUUGAGAGACUGGUGUUAGAGACGCUCAGUGUGUUUCUUUUUGAAUGUGAAACAUCCUGAGUACCGUCUCGCCGUUUGUUCAUCACUCAGGAGAGGCAGGUGUUGGAAUGAACAGGUCCAGGUCCAGUUGGGAUAAAAAAAAAACGCAGCAUCCAGUCACCAGAAUAACCCGUAGCUCCCAGGCCGCACACGCCAACCCUGCAGAGUUCCAGGAUUCAGGGCAGGGCCCGAAUGGAAAACAACGCAGGAAGCAGGCCGACUCCGGUCUGGCCCAGGACCUCAGCCAGAUGAGUGUGAAUAAACAGGAUGUCUUACCUACAAGCCUGCUCUCCAGGAAAGGAAAGAUGUCCGAAGGUAGCAGUGACCCUCUGCAGGUUCAUCAGUCCUCUGGGUCCAGAUCUGCUCAGUGCAGUCCAUCUGAAACUGCUGCUAAGGCAUCACCUCAGGGCGGGCUUGCCUCUGUGGCACAGCUGGUGAAGCUCGGCCACUGUAAGAACGUGCUGGUGGUGGCUGGAGCAGGAAUCAGCACAGCCAGCGGCAUUCCAGACUUCAGAACUCCAGGAACAGGUCUCUAUGCCAAUCUAGAGAAGUACAACAUUCCUUAUCCAGAAGCCAUUUUCAAUAUUGACUACUUCUCCGACAACCCGCAGCCUUUCUUCUCCCUGGCCAAGGCUCUGUAUCCUGGCAGCCACCGACCCAACUACAUACACUACUUCAUCCGCACGCUUCAUCACAAAGGCCUGCUGCUUCGAAUGUACACACAGAACAUUGAUGGACUAGAGAAAUUGUGUGGCAUCCCAGAUGACAAACUCGUGGAAGCUCACGGUAGUUUUGCCACGGCUUCCUGUCACUUGUGCUACACUCCGUACCCUGCUGAGGAGGCUAAGCAUGCCAUCAUGAAUGACGGUGUCCCCAUAUGCACAUUCUGUGCUGCGACAGUCAAACCUGAUGUUGUGUUUUUUGGAGAGGACCUUCCUCAGAAGUAUUUCCUCCACACAAAAGACUUCCCCAAAGCAGACCUGUUAAUUAUUAUGGGCACAUCUUUACAGAUCGAGCCAUUUGCCAGCCUGGUGAAUACGGUGCGCUCCACUGUGCCACGUCUCCUCCUGAACCGACACGCUGUGGGUCCCUUCCAGAAGGUCCCACUAAGGAGAGUAGACCAUGUGGAGUUGGGCAACCUGGAGGAUACAGUCCGGAGGUUUGCCGACAUGCUUGGUUGGAACGACGAGAUAGAAGAACUGAUGAGGAGUCAGGAAACAGGGAGCAUCCCUCCUUUGAUAAGCAGUCCUCAAGCAGUGAGCAAACAGAUGCCUUGCCAGAGCAGAGGAUCUUCAGAGCCUCAAGAUGGGAUGCAGACAUCCAGAUCAGGACCGGGAGCUCAAGGAGCAGCCAGCAGUGGCAGUGAGGAAACGGACUCAGAGGCAGACAGCAGGAGCUCGGAGUCAUCCAGCCUGAGCAACUGACUGCUACAUAAAGGUGACACUGGAAAGGCUGGAACAAAGGUCCCUCACUGUUUAGUUCAGAAGAAGACUGUUCUCUAAUUGUACACACAUUGUGAUUUCCCAUCAGGUUAUGUGAUGCCCAUGCUAUGCUGUGUACAAAUCUAAAGGUUUAUGAAGUUCAACAGCCACAUUUAAAGCACUUAUGGAUGGGCGUCCAUCCAGAGCACUACUAAAUGUCUGAGCGCUAUGUUUGUGUUCUAGUAUGACAGUAACAAGUAGUUUUAUAUCCGCACACCAAUGGAUUUUAAACGGUAUUUAAUAAAAGUAAUGUGAUUUGCAUCUUUUUCUCCUUUUUAAAGAUUGUUUUGUACAAAAACGACAAAUAUUCUUUUACAGUUUAUUAGAUUUUCAGCGGAAGCCUCACUACAUACAAUGUGUAGUUAUUUACAGUAUGUAAAGACUGUGCAAAAAGAACAAUUAUUUCUAUAACAUUCUGCCAAGAUGCUGAGGGGAUCUACAUGCAAUUUAAAUGUAUCCCAUGAUGACUGUGGAAGAAAAGGUUUGUACACAGGACACAAAUCUACAGAUGCAUGAUCAGUUAAAAUGGGUAAAAGGGUGUGAGAAGCAUGACAUUUUGUGAAUCUUAUUCUUUAGCCCAUAAUUUCUGAUCCUUAUAGCAAGGAGCACUGAAACCGUUCUGGCAGCUCAUAGUGAUCCAACAUUUUCACUUUGAUUGUAUUCCUUUUAAUUUGAUCUGAAUGUCUGAUGUUUCAUGGCUCUCCAAACAGCAAAAACAGUUAAGUGGCUUUAAAUGUUUAGUCAGGUCUUUAAAGUUUCUGUGAAGCCAACGCUUGAUCAUUUAAAUAUUCCUGGGAUUUAUCUGCAUUAUUAAAAACUGUGAACAGGAAGUAGUGGUGAUUCACAGGUCAGAUGAAAAGUGUGCUUGUAGUUAUUCACUAUUAGAUAAGUCAAGUCACCAGAUCCUGUAACAACACAUACUCAGAUUGUAAUUGACAAAAAAAAGGACUUAG